AUGAGGUACGUACCGUAUUCUGAUGUACGUGCGUUACAUCUUUAUGCAGAGCACCAAAAUACUAAAGUAUUGGCUCUGAUGCGGAUGAUGGAGCUUUUUGACGCAGAGUAUGAUGCGAAGAACAGCGCGCUUAUCUUCGGUGCAUCAGUUGAUAUGGUUCCUCUUCACUUUGCAAAACAUCGUGUCCCACUGAAGUACUCUUAG